AUGCGUCUUUCGCGCAACAUGGCGACCGGCAAAGGACUUGCUGUGAUUUUCUAUCCAAAGACCAUCAAUUUGAUUAGAAAUAAGCUGAACAAGUUCUCACUCGAUGUUUUGUGGCAGUGCAGCACGUGCCAGCGACACGUGGUGACCGUCGCAUCGAUUGUCGGUGGCUGGAAUCGUGAGAAAAACAUAGGAAGAAUAGUACAGCCACAUAGAGCCAUACAUCUAACAAGUAGAUUGUUAAAACGUAACUAUUAUGAAAUUCUCGGUGUUUCCAAGAAUGCCUCGGCAAAAGAUAUAAAAAAGGCAUAUUAUCAACUCGCUAAAAAAUAUCAUCCUGACACAAAUAAAAGAGAUCCAGACGCCAAUCAGAAGUUUCAAGAAGUUUCUGAAGCAUAUGAAGUAUUAAGCGAUGAUACUAAGAGGAAAGAAUAUGAUACUUGGGGUGCAACCUCGGAGCAAAUGGGCAUGGGAAUGGGCCAGAGUCAAGGGCCCAAAAGUUACAGUCAGCAUUGGCAGUAUAGAUCAACCAUUAAUGCCGAGGAAUUGUUUAGAAAAAUAUUUGGCGAUGCUGGAUUCCAAAAUGGAGCUUUCAAUGAUUUUGAAGACUUUACAGAAACAAAGUACGGUUUUGGAGCAGCUCAAGAGGUAAUAAUGAAUUUAACGUUUUCUCAAGCUGCUAGAGGUGUGAAUAAGGAUAUUAAUGUGAAUGUAGUAGACACUUGUCCAAAAUGCGGUGGUUCACGCUGUGAGCUUGGUACUAAAGCGAUAAAAUGCCAGUAUUGCAAUGGUACUGGAAUGGAAACAAUAAGCACUGGUCCUUUUGUAAUGAGUUCAACUUGUCGGUAUUGUCAAGGCACGAAGAUGCACAUCAAGUUCCCUUGCACAGAAUGUAAUGCAAAAGGGCAAACGGUACAACGUAAGAAAAUAACGGUACCAGUUCCAGCCGGAGUGGAAGAUGGUCAGACAAUCCGUAUGGCAAUAGGCAAAAAAGAGAUAUUCGUAACAUUCCGUGUGGAAAAAUCUCGAUAUUUCCGUCGCGACGGGCCUGACGUGCAUACUGACGCCGAAGUCUCGCUGGCACAGGCAGUGCUGGGUGGUACAAUACGAGUAGAGGGUGUGUACGAAGAUCAAACUAUACAAAUAAUGCCAGGUACAUCGUCCCACACGCGAAUUCGUUUGAACAGCAAAGGAUUAAAAAAGAUCGAUGGUCUGGGUUACGGCGAUCAUUACGUAAACGUAAAGAUUACUAUACCGAAGCAAUUGACGGAAAAACAGCGAGCUUUGCUCCAAGCGUACGCUGAACUUGAGACCAAUACUCCCGGCAGUAUACAUGGUAUAACAUAUAAAACAGAUGGUACGAAAGAGUGUUAUUCAGGUCCAUUGCACUUGGUGAAAUCUAUACAAAUAGCACUAGGAAAUGAUGCCAACCAGUCUUCAUCUUCUGAUCCCGAGAAUCCAGGGGAUAAACCUCUAAAUAAUAAGUCCGUACAUACCAAAGAUACGUCGGACGUCGAUAGCAAAAAUGAUACUAACCCUGGAAUGCAACGACGAAAAGUGCCCCAGUAAUCAUGAACGUUUUGAAGCAAUUUAGAGAUUUAGAGAUGCUGCUCGCGCGCGUCGUUUUACUGACAAAUAAAAUAAAUUCUAAUUUGCGCUAGUAUCAUGAAAAUUUUUGGGCCUGAAAUUAUUAUACUUAUUAGUAAACUUUUGAUCAAGUUGAAACAAAUAAGCAUGUGAAUUGUUACGAAUGAAAGUGGUAGCAAUCUGAUAUUACUUAGGUAAUAUAGCUGUACAGUCGUAUCAUAGCAUACGAGAGUUUGUCUUUAUUACAUCUUAUUUAAAUAAAGUGUACAUGAAGAUAAGUAUAACUGUUAUCUGUUCACCUUAAUAGAGAUGAUGUACAUUUAUAUUAUAAAAUAAAUUUUGUGCAACACGUAUUUCUUUGCAUAUACGUAAAAAAUGAAUUCACAUUGCAUCUUAUGCAAGUUCUUUUUUUCCUUUGUAUACGCGCGCGCG